GCGAUAACAAAUCGAAGCUUCCGCCAAACUUCUAGGCAGCUAAGCCUUAUGAUUCAAUACAAUUUCUACAAUUCUAGCACGACCCAUUACAUUCAUCCCACUUCAAAGAAUUACAUAAAACAUAUAAGGCCGACCCACGAUACCAUUAUACAUGUAACCACAACAAUAUCGCAUUCGAAACAGUAACCCAACUUAUCCCCCUUUCUCUUGAUCGAAUAGCACCCAUUCACGAUAUCACUGUAGCAUGGCAUAGUAUACCGAUUUCUGCGACUACUGAUAACUCAUUCACCAUGGCUUCGUCGCCGACCCACGAACUUGUAAACGGAAUACAACAGGACGAAGCUGCUGCUCCUGCUCCUCAAAUUCCCGACAGUCGCGACCGUACUACAUCACCUCCGAUAUACCCCUCCUCUGAUCCUCCGCCGAACACUCGUCGCUGCUUCAUCUGCCUUACCGAUGAACCCGAAGCUUCCCUAUCCGCCGACUGGUCAACACCAUGCACAUGUUCACUGGAAGGUCACCACGAAUGUUUGAUGGCUUGGGUCACCGAUCUAGAAUCUCAAGACAAGGAUAUCAAAUGUCCGAUUUGCAAGUCGCCUAUAAUAAUCAUGGAAAGACGGGAUCGUGUCAUACAAUUUAGCAACUUCAUUAAUAAGAAGUUUUCACAAUGGUCGCCACGAAUCUUGUUCGGCUUUAUUGCGUCUGGUGCCUUAGUUAGUAGCUCCAUAUAUGGCGCAAAGGCAAUCGAUUUGUUCGCUGGCCCCGAGGCUACGGUGAACUUCCUACUCGACACCGAGGAUCUUACCUUGUUGGAUAUUAUGCGACAGCAGAACCAAACUGCCCAUAGAGAAAUUGGACCGCCGAUAAACUUGUUACGUGUCGCCGUGCUACCACUCAUUGCCCCCGGUCUCGUACUGAACCGACUGCGUUUAGGAGAGGUGGUUUUGAUUCCAGCGUCGCUAUUGUACGCAACGCUGAUCGACCAGACCAACGAAUACCUAUCUUGGCCACCGUCUGCCGAACGAGCCAUAGCCCUCUUCCCCGCCCUCAAGGCCACCUACUUCCACAUACACGGCACUCUUUCUAAACAUCUCGAGAAGAAAUGGGAGGCGCAAGCCAAGAAGCAGAUUCUAAACGAGACGGACGAGCAACACCCCCCAAUUGCAGAUAACCAGCCUGAACCCGAAGAAGAGCGUGGCGGAAUCUUUGGAAUCAUAGAUAUUCAGCUGGGUAUUGAGGAAGAGGGCGAUGAUGACGACUUAGCCGUUGGCAACGGUAACGCUGGUGAUAACAACAACCAGUUGAACCGUCGCAACCGAGCGCUCGAGAACGGCAGAUCCCCUAUCAACUUCCUAGCCGGCGCAUUAAUGUGGCCCGGUGUGUGCUACGGAAUGGGCGAGAUACUACGACUUGCGAUGCCAUCGCGCUUCAUCACACGUCCCGCUUCAGGCCCCAACACGGGGAUACUACAAGAGCGAUGGGGCCGCAGCCUAGUUGGCGGCUGUCUGUUCGUCGUGCUUAAGGAUGCGUUUUUCCUAUACGUCAAGUAUAGAAGAACCAUGAACCGCGCAUCAAGGAGGAUUAAGAAUGUGGAGAAUAGGCCUAUCCGACGAUAAGAAGGGAAAAUAUCCAAUAGCUAGUAGACGUGCUUCAAGGGGUUUAAGGAAAGGAAAUUUAAAAGAAGGGGCAUACGAUUUUCAUGGCAUAGCAUAUACGCGGAUAGCAAGGGUAUUUAAUAUGGUAGCCAGGCGCUUUUUUGUACGAUAUCGGGGAAUAUGCUAUGACAUAGGCAUAGCACUUCGGCUUCACGAAGUUCGGCUUUUAAUUAGGGUCACGACGGUUUUACCAGAUAUCUAGAUUUCCCACGGCCUAGCCCAAAAUUAGGUCAAUGAUACCACCAUGAUGAUUAUAAAA